GUGGGGAGCCGCUCGGCCGCUAUCCGCGCGAUGGUAGCGAGCAUGCGUGCGUGCGCGUGUUCCAGUGAGGCCGAGCGGCUGUCCCCUCAGUUCGUCCUCCUGUCUCCCUCAGUUAGGAAACCCGAACCCCGAUCCGGGAUUUUGGCCAAAUUGGGCGAGGGUACAAUAUUACCACUUACCCCUUCUCACCGAGGAAGAGCGGGAGAAAGGGUAAGUAUGGCACAGGCACAAAGCUGGGCGAGAAGAUGCUUCAAGGCCUUUUGCAAAGGCUUCUUCGUGGCGGUGCCCGUGGCAGUCACUUUCUUGGAUCGCGUGGCCUGCGUGGCUCGGGUGGAAGGAUCGUCGAUGCAGCCUUCUUUGAAUCCUGGGGGAAGCCAGUCCUCAGAUGUGGUACUUUUGAACCACUGGAAAGUGAGAAAUUUUGAAGUGCAGCGUGGUGACAUUGUGUCAUUGGUGGGGGCCUACUUUGUCAUUAUGCAAGGACAGUGAGUAGCAUCUGCAGCAUGGAGAGAAGAGUGACAUGUGUUCUAUACCCUCAAGAGGACAGGAAAAGAGAAGCCCUUUCAGGUAACUCCAGUGCUUCUGUUUAUAAGACAGGCCUAUUUAACACUAAGCAUUUUUAUUUCAGUUUCCCUUCUCUUUUGUUUCUUAUUUGCUUGCAGUUUUCAUUGCGUAGCUUGGAUAGAAAAAUGCAGUUCUGGCUAUGUUUCCUUGGCCAAACUGGAAUGCUGAAACUUUGGGAACUAUUGGCCAAGGUGAUUACUCACUGUUUUUGCAGCCCUGUAUGCAUAUAUUAUGGGUAUCAUAGCUUGGAGAGUACAAAUUAUGGCCAACUAGGGAAAUUUAAGGAUGUUGCUUGCAGUUUAUCCAUGCCACCUUAAAAAUAGUGUUUGUGGCACUGGUCAGAUAGCUCUGUGUGUAAGUCCACUUAGCCCACAAGCCUGAUGACUGAGUUUGGUCCUCGGAACUGACCGAAGUAAAAAUACAAGGCGAAAGCUGAUUUGACAAAAUUGUCUUCUGGCCUAUGCACAUGUGCUAUGUGUCCUUGAAUAUUGAUGUCCAUGCAUACUAUAUACAUGUAUAUAGAAUUUAAAGGAAAAGGUGUUCAUACAGUGUUUGUUUUAUUUGUAAGCUCAACUUACAUAUUCUACAACAGAUAACAUGCAUUCGUCACACCCUUCAGAGUUGUAAAUUUCUAGUAUGCCAUAUUUAUUCACCAGUGAUCAUUUGCCUUCUGUUUCUUAAAGGCAUGACCUGUCCUUACGGGAGCUACUUUUGACUACAGUCUUUGCAUGCAUUAUCUGUGUGGUGAUACAUGUCAUAGUAUUCUUUCUGUCCAGUUCGCUGAAAAUGCCUAGAGUUAAUGUAGGGCUUCUUCUUUUUAAAGGAACCUCAUGGUAUGUAUCAUGUUUAGUCCUCUUUUGAAUGAUGCAUUAUACAGAUGUUCCUAAGGUUUUGCUUUUGUUUUGAACACUGCAAUUAAAGAAUGAUCUUAACGAGGCUUCAUGAGAAACCAACUGUAUGGAAGAAAGUCACAUAGCCCCAUCUGAAAGAGAGGGAGGCAGCACAUAGAAAGAUGCAGAAGAUGCACAUGAAGGUAAGCUAGAGGGAAGAGACUCCAUCAUGUCAUGAGCUGAUGGGAGAAGGAGUACAGGGAACUAGUAGGGUAGCAAAGGACAGAGGCAGAGCCAGAAAAGUCAAAGCAAGGCAGACUCAAAUCCCACAUGUGAUGUCUCUAGGCUUUGUGUUCUCAGAGCAGAGGGCCCCAUUCUUCCUCAGCUUAUUAUGUAUUCCUUCAGUAAUCUCUCCCUUGUUGUGAUAUGCUCUGAAUGUGUUUCUGUUUCUGAGGUACCUGAAAGAGUUGAUGUCUUAUAAUGCCUAUUGAAUAAUAAACCACAAGUAUCAGGCACUGUAAAAUAGUCUGCCAAGGCUGGAAAUUACCAGAGAUAGAAACAGAAUAUCUGAAAAAGAUUUGAGAUUAUGAGUUUUUAUGUUAAUAAUUUCUGAUUUUGUAUAGAUUUUAGUCAUCAUUAAAUAAAACUUACCUGGUUAUGUCUUAGUUCUCAAGAAAGUCUGAGGAGGCAAAGAUGACUAUCUUCUAAUUGGUUUUGAGGGAUUCUCAUUAAUGUGCAACCUUUUUGUUAAGCUGCCAAGCCUCACAGAUGAGUGUGAAGUUAGAGAUGUUGGAUCUUGCAGGCUGCAUUAUCAAUUCUGCAUCAUCAUCUAGAUUUUUCCUCCUAUGUCAGUGAUCAUUUGGAAAUUUACUAGUGCUGUCCUAAAAGGGAAAUCAUGUUUAAGGAUUCAGAUAAUAGAAUAUUAAAAAGUUUUCAACAGAUAUUACCUUUGUGCUCUCUAUGGACAGGUUAUUUAUUUAUAUAUUUAUUUACUUUCUGUUUUGUUCGGAUGUACUUACUCCAUAUGCCUGGAAAAUCCUUGACUCCCGGCCAUUGCUUUAUGAAUACUGGCUAAAUGUAACCAACCAACCAUUAAAUAGACAUUCAUGAUUUAAUAUCGAAUAGAGACUCAUGUAAGAAUCAGAGGGAAAAUUAAAGAGCAUGAGGCAUAUUUCCUAACUCCCUUCAAAGCCUGGGAAGCUGAAGGCCGGAGGCUGACUGUUGCUUCAUGUGAGUUAGUAAUGGCAAAUGUAAUCGUAGAAGUAGGGCUGCUAGUGGAAGUAGGAUUGCUGAAGUAGGUCUAGAUUGUUAGAUCCAAACAACUUGCUAAAUUCUAUGUGGCCACCUGGGAAUUGACAUCUGGCUGACUAUGAAGUCUGUUUUGUAUAUGAGUGUUCGUCUUCGUAUUUAGAUGCCAUUACAAAGGUUUUAUAUAUCAUCUUUUCUCAAUAGCAGUUGCUCUGCUUCUAAACAAAAUUAAUUGCUUCCUUUCUAGCCAGAACUAGACACAAUUCUUUUCUAGCAUGUGUCACAUUAUAUUGAGUCAGUUUUCAUGGCUGUGAGUGCUUAAGACCAGGGACCAAUUCAUAUUACUCUUUGCUGUCUAAGACUUCAGCAUAAUGACUCUUGUGGUAGAUGGAAUUCAUUGUGAAUUUGAACUGCUUUGAGGGCGUAGUCAUUAAUAGUAUAUUCAAGCUUGGGUCUAGGAGAUAAAACUUUUAUAAGGGGAGCAAAAUCUCAGGGCCUUUCAAAUAUGGUUAGUGCUUGAAUAAUGCUAAGGUUAAGUAGUCACCAUCCUCAGAGAUGUAUUUAUGAUGUUAGCUGUCUUGGUGUAAGUGACUUUUUGAGAAUAGUUCCACUUUUACUUUUUUAGUGAAUUACCAGUAGCACUUUACUGUAGAUGUCCUGGUUUCCAUACUGAAAUUCCUUCUGACCUUAUGUUGUGACCACUCACUGGUUUUUCAUUCUCACCAGUCAAUGGCUAAUGCUAGUUUAACAUCCUGUGGCUGAAUUUGAUGCCAGUAAUUUUAGAUCUUGUCAGAAAGUUGAAACCCCAGUACUUUUAUGAAUGUAUUUUUUUUUUUUAGAAAAUACCCUAGUCAAUUUUAUGCACAUGUAGCAAAACAUGUCUAUUAAAUAACCAACAAAAUUUUAGAAGGAAUUAUUUACUCAUUUUUACUUGAGACUUUUACAUAAAGCUAGCACUUUAUGCAUUUAAAGACAUUAGGAAAACACAUUUCAGAAGAAUUUUGGGGUAUUACAAAACAUUAAAGCCUUUAGCAGAAGCACUGCUUUGCCAGUGGAUCUUAUAAAUGAAAUGAUAUUUGAUGUGCAGUAAUAUUUCAAACCAAUUUAUUUCUUAUAGCUCAGCCUUGUGAGAUGUGCAGCAUUACUCCAGUAGGGUAGCAGUCUGAGAGGUUUUAUUUCUGUUUAUUUGUCAUAUUAGAAUUUGUGUUUGUAUGUAAACUAGUAUAGCUAAAGAUAGAGAAGAGUACUCUAUCCAAUGGUGAGACAUGUAGUAGAGAUUUGAAAAAGGUCUUUAUUAUUGAUUCAGUCAUUCAGUUAUUGGAUCAAUGAUGUCUUCAAUCAAACAUAACAUCUUAUGAAUUAAAAAACACUUCUGCUCAAGUUAUCUCAUCUUUUAUUAUGGAGAGAGACAGGGAAGGAAGGAAAAAGGGAGGAGGGAAGAGGAGAAAGAAAAGAGGAAGAGGAGAGUGAUAUAUACAGAGAGAUAGAGACAGAAGGAGAUAGAACACACUAGGGUAAAUCUAAACUUCAGAUUUUUAAGCCAGAUUUUGUGAAGGCUAGACAGGACAAGAUUAUAGAUUUUUAAAAAUACAUCAGCUAUUAUCAUUUCAAAUAUACCAAACACAUAAUAAAGAGUAGAAGUCACUGCAAUUGUGUAAUCUUUUCAUCUUGUAUCAUGUAAUGUUUUUAAAAGAUAGGCCUCUCUCUGCUUAGCCUUGACCUAUCUGGAGGUUGUUAUGUAGACCAGGCUAGCCUUGAAUCCACAUAAAUCCAUUUGCUGCUGCCUUCUGAGUGCUGGAUUAAAGAUGUAUACCACCACACCCAGCCCACAUCUGUAUAUUUCACUCUACACACUUCUUAUUAUUACUUCUGUUUCUAGCAAAGCAAUAGUCACUUUAGAAGCAGGAGAGAGAUUUCUUGCAUAUAUGUGGAAUGAAGAAUGUUCAUAGGAUUGGAUAGAAACUACAGAGCUGUGCUUAGUACAGGUGAGAACCAGCUACCAGGAAGGUAUGGUUUAGCGGAGCUUGCAUGAAUACACACACACACACACACACACACACACACACACACUCACACAGUUCCAGACUGAUCCUGAGUUUGUUUUGUGCAGAUACUCCCUGACACACCAUGUCUGAAGGAAUUGUGUCUGCUGUGCUGGGCUUAGAAUACAUGCUAAUCUUCUUACAACUACCAGAGUGAGCUCGGGGCUUUCUGGAGUAGCCACCUUAUAGCCUUAGUUCCAUAACUGGAAAACAUUGGUUCAUACUUCCACCUAGAUGAUAUAAUGAGAGAAAAGAUGAGAGUGGAGCUAUUGUGCAAGAUGAGCUAGACAGUGAGGUGCUAUGGUUAUUAAUAUUUUUUAGUCCAAUCUGCAAUGAUCUUAUGCUAGAUAAAUGUAUUUUUAUAUGCAAAGGACCAGCUCAUCUACAUAAUUUUCCUGGUUAGAUUUUUAUUGUCACUUGACAAAACCUAGAGUUAACUGUAAAGAGGAAACCUCAACUGAAGAAUUGCCUAGAUUAGAGUGGCUUUUGAGCAUGUCUGUGGGGGCAUUGUUCUGAUUAUUAACUCACAUAGGAAGGUCAUGUCUACUGUAGAUAGUACCAUUCCUCAGCCAGUGGUCCUGGGCUGCAUUAAAAAAUAGCAAUGCCUGAUCUAUGCAGCAAGCCAGAGACUGACCAGUGAAGAGUGUUCGUCCAUGGUUGACGGACUGUGACCUGAAAGCGUAAUGUGAAAUAAGUCCCUUCCUUUCUUAUGUUGCUUUGAUCAGAGUGGUUUUCACAGCAACAGGCUGGAACUAGAACAGUAGUAUUCCCUGGGUCUUUAAAAUAUGCAAUGUUUUGUAUGUAUGUAGACAGAAAAUAUUUGAACUUUUUAUUCCCUUGUCUCUGGUAGCAUUUUAAUUUCUCAGCAGUACUCCAUUCUUCAUGAGUGGUUAAAAAGAUAAAAGAACAGAGCAACAGGUGACUUUAUUUUUAGGAUAGCUUUUUCCCCCCUUUCAUUUUUAUACCAAAUGGCAACCAUAGACUAAUUUUUUUGCUCAUUUAGUGACCUAAGGGACUGGAUUAAAGCUGGUUUUAACCCUUAUUUUCAGUUCAAGAAACCUUUGUGGUCAGAUCUUAGAUUUAGAGAAGUGUCUUAGGGUUUCCAUUGCUGUGAAGAGACACCAUGAUAAAGGCAACUCUUAUAAAUGCAAAAA